GCGGCCCGGGGCCGAUGCGGAUUUUGGGGAGGGGUCUCUGCUGCUCCAGAGCCCCCCCGGUUUGAGCCAUGAUGGGCACGGGGGACAGCGGGGGACCGCGCAGCCCCCCCGGGCUGGCACAGGCCGAGCGCCGGCGGGAUCUGGAGGCGGAGCUUCGUGACCUCAGCAGCCAGGUGGCGGCACUGGGGCGGAGCCUGGCGGCCGAACGUGGGCGGAGCCUGAUCGAGGGCGGGGCUCUGCGGGCGCUGGAGAUCGCGGUGGGCGGAGCCCAGGCCCGGGUGGGCGGAGCCUGCCGGGCCCUGGACCGGGCCAAGGAGCGGCUGCGGCUGCAGCAGGAGGCGGGGCAGGUGCUGUGGGCGGAGCUGGAGGCCGCGCGCGCUGCCAAGGCGGGGGCGGAGCUCCGGGCUCAGGAGGCGGAGUCUCAGUGCCACGCCCGGGGGGCGGAGCUGGAGCGGCUGCGACAGGCGGUGCAGGCGGCCCAGCAUUCCCGGCGGCGGGCGGAGCAGGAGCGCGACCAGGUGGCGGCCGAGGUUGGCCACGCCCCCCCGGCCAGGUGAGCUCGGCC